CGUCGACUUCUGCACCAAAAUGGCGUCGUUGACAGCAGUCAUGCAGAAUAACCGGUCCGGUUCUUUAUCAUUGUCCAAGAAACGGACUGGCAUGAUGACCCAGAUGAAGUUCAGGCUUUUGGACAACAAAGUCAUUUUAUUCCUCUCGUUAGCAUCCAUGUUGCAUUGCGCUUUGGCUGACGGUAAAACACUGGUUCUGCUGGACAACCUCAACAUCAGAGACACCCAUUCAAUCUUCUUCCGCAGUCUGGCAGAUCGAGGCUUUGACAUCACAUUCAAGACAGCUGACGAUCCCUCCCUGUCUCUGAUCAAAUAUGGCCAGUUCCUGUAUGACCACUUAAUCAUCUUCUCACCAUCAGUUGAGGACUUUGGAGGAAAUAUCAACGUGGAGACCAUCACAUCCUUCAUUGAUGGUGGAGGCAACGUCCUGGUUGCUGCCAGUUCAGAUAUCGGUGAUCCCCUGAGGGAGCUAGGAAGUGAAUGUGGCAUUGAAUUUGAUGAGGAAAAGACUGCUGUCAUUGACCACCACAACUAUGACAUAUCUGACCCUGGGGAGCACACCCUGAUUGUCGCUGAUCCAGAGAACCUCCUGAAAGCUCCAACUAUUGUAGGCAAACCAACCAACAAGCCCGUUUUAUUCAAGGGUGUUGGCAUGGUGGCAGACCCAGAAAACCCUCUUGUCCUGGAUAUCCUUACUGGCUCUUCUACUUCAUACUCCUUUUUCCCUGACAGAGCCAUCACUCAGUACCCCCAUGCUGUUGGAAAGAACACCUUGCUGAUUGCCGGCCUGCAGGCCAGGAACAACGCCAGAGUGGUCUUCAGUGGCUCCCUGGAAUUCUUCAGUGACGCUUUCUUCAACUCUGCUGUGCAGAAAGCCAAGCCUGGGUCUGAGAGGCACGAGCAGACAGGGAACAUGGAGCUGGCUGAGGCUCUCUCUCGCUGGGUGUUCAAGGAGGCCGGAGUCCUCAGGGUGGGAGCUGUCACCCAUCAUCCCGUCGGAGAGUCCACUCCCCCUGCAGCAUACACGAUCACCGACCUCGUGGAAUACAGCAUUGUCAUUGAGAUGUUGUCAGAGGGCCGCUGGGUUCCCUUUGACGGAGAUGAUAUUCAGCUUGAGUUUGUGAGGAUCGAUCCCUUCGUGAGGACUUAUCUCAAGAAAAAUGGAGGUAAAUACAGCGUCCAGUUCAAGCUGCCUGAUGUGUAUGGAGUCUUCCAGUUCAAGGUGGACUACAACCGACUGGGAUACACGCAUCUCUACUCUUCCACUCAGGUAUCGGUGCGUCCUCUUCAGCACACUCAGUACGAGCGCUUCAUCCCCUCAGCAUACCCCUAUUACGCCAGCGUCUUCUCCAUGAUGGCAGGACUCUUCGUCUUCAGCAUCGUCUUCCUGCACAUGAAAGAGAAGGAGAAGUCAGACUAAUGCAGCAUUAAAAAAGAAGAGGUCUGACAAAUGCAGAGUUAAAGAACUGAACUUGAGGUGUGAGGAGUUGAAUAUGUUUGUCUGAAUGUCUUGAAUCUUCACGCAGGGAUUUGGACAGCAGUCUUUAAAAUACAGUACAUGUUCGGUUAUUGGGGCUCUCAACUAAUCAGGUUCUGGAAGGCACAUGAGUUCAUGGCUGUAACUCAAUGCAGUGGUUUGUUUUUGAUGUUUUUUGUAUUUUGAAAUAACUGAAAGGCCUGUAAAUGUUAAGUCAGUCAGCGUUUGUACAGAGUUGCUUUACGUUUGAUUAAACAGUCUCCCAAGUAGGGCACUUGCCUUGGAACUGAAAGUGAUCCAUAUUAAAAUUUGACCCAGAUUUUCUUAUUCAGGUAGUUAUUGUGGUAACUACAUGCACUGAAAAUGCCAACUGUUUCUUUGAGUUUGAUAAAGACUUAAAAUUUGUUUCCUAAAAAGAUUGGAGUCAACAUGACAAUAAAAAAACUGACAUUCCA